UGGCAUGAUCCUGUACCUAUGGCAUGUAAAUCCUGGCCUUGUUGUUAGGGGAUUUGUGGAUGUUCAAAAUGAUGAUCCAGAGAUCAUGGGCAAACUUGUAGAUCUGUCCCAGGAACUUAAGAUCCUGUCAUCAUUGUUGGAGUUGAUUCCUUUCCGCGUAGGCAUAAGACUGGCUGCCCUAGCUUCACGAAAGGAGUUUUUGGACCUUGAGAACUGGCUGACUAGUAAUUUAGUUACAUUCAAGGAUUCAUUUUUUGAGGAGUGCCUCAAGUUUCUAAAGGAAUCUCAGCUUGGCGCUUCCCAAGAUUUUUCUAGAAAACCUUUUCAUCAUGGGAAUGCUGCUGGGAAUUUUGAUUUCAAUACUAUCUCCACCAUAUUGAAGGCUCUUAAGGCUCACAGUCCCUUGAUUCUCAAUAUCAAACUUCCUGAGGAAGUGGAAAAGUUGGAGGCAACAAUUGUGGAUUCAAAUCCUAGGCUGCAGAAUGGUGGCUCUGCUGAGUCAUCUGCCCCUGAUGGAUAUUCAGAGGAUGUUGAGGCAGAGGCAAACUCUUAUUUCCAUCAAAUGUUCUCUGGCGAGUUGACAAUUGAUGCAAUGGUUCAAAUGCUUGCCAGAUUCAAGGAAUCUUCUCUGGCGAGGGAACAGUCAAUUUUUGAGUGCAUGAUUGGCAAUCUAUUUGAGGAAUACAGGUUCUUCCCCAAGUAUCCUGAAAGGCAGCUUAGAAUUGCGGCUGUUCUAUUUGGUUCGGUUAUCAAGCACCAACUUGUUACUCAUUUGACUCUCGGGAUUGCCUUACGUGGUGUCCUAGAUGCCCUGCGGAAACCUCCAGAUUCUAAAAUGUUUGUGUUUGGCACCAAUGCACUGGAACAGUUCGUGGAUCGUUUGAUUGAGUGGCCGCAGUAUUGCAAUCAUAUCUUGCAAAUAUCUCAUCUUCGUGGAGCCCAUUCAGAACUUGUUGCUUUCAUUGAACGAGCUCUAGCCAGAAUUUCAUCUGGGAAUUUGGAAUCAGAAAGUAGUAAUACUUCUGCUACUCAUCAACAUGUUUUACCGCAAGCUACACCUGGUGAGUUAAAUGCCGUUAAUGCCACAGCAGCUUCACCACAAUCCUCCUCUUCUACAAACAUUCACCAGAGGCUUGAAGGUCGCCUCGAUGACCGCCACAAAUUACCUGUAGCCUCAUCUAAUGACUCGAAGCCGCUAUUAUCCACUGGAGGACAACCUUCUGUUGGCUCCCUAGCCGACUUGUCUGCAGCUCAGAGAAGUGUUUCUAGCACCCAGGCUAUGCCGGCCUCUUCACCUGGUUUCCUGCGUCCUUCUCGUAGUGUCACCUCUACCAGGUUCGGCUCAGCACUGAACAUUGAAACACUAGUAGCAGCUGCUGAGAGAAGAGAAACACCAAUAGAGGCUCCUGCUUCUGAAAUUCAAGAUAAAAUAUCAUUCAUUAUUAACAAUAUUUCUACUGCCAAUAUUGAGGUAAAAGGUAGAGAAUUCAGUGAAGUACUGACGGAACAAUAUUAUCCCUGGUUUGCUCAGUAUAUGGUCAUGAAAAGAGCUAGCAUUGAGCCGAAUUUCCAUGACUUGUACUUGAAGUUUCUUGACAAAAUUAAUCUAAAGGCUCUGAAUAGGGACAUUGUUCAGGCCACAUAUGAAAAUUGCAAGGUUCUGUUAGGAUCAGAGCUUAUAAAAUCGAGUUCAGAGGAGCGUUCAUUGCUAAAGAACUUGGGAAGUUGGCUUGGGAAAUUGACAAUUGGCAGGAACCAGGUCUUAAGGGCCCGUGAGAUAGAUCCAAAAUCUCUAAUCAUAGAGGCAUAUGAGAAAGGCUUAAUGAUUGCUGUUAUUCCAUUCACAUCAAAGGUUCUUGAACCAUGUCAAAGCAGUCUGGCAUAUCAGCCCCCCAACCCUUGGACAAUGGGAAUCCUGGGCUUGCUUGCUGAGAUUUACUCAAUGCCAAAUUUGAAAAUGAAUCUCAAGUUUGACAUAGAGGUCCUAUUUAAGAACCUUAGUGUAGACAUGAAGGACAUAACUCCUACUUCACUUCUGAAAGAUAGGAAAAGGGAGAUUGAAGGUAACCCUGAUUUUUCUAAUAAAGAUGUUGGACCGUCUCAAUCGCAAAUUGUCCCGGAAGUCAAAUCUGGAAUGAUGUCUCCAUUGAACCCUGGGGAGCUACCUCUUGAGGUUGCUAGUCCUCCUAGUUCUACAAUGCUCCCUCAGUUUCCAGCUCCGGUCCUCCUUUCUUCUGGCACAAUGAUGGAGGAUGAGAAAUUAGCUGUGUUGAGUUUGUCUGACCAGCUUCCUUCUGGACAAGCACUGUUCCAAGCUACUCCUGCACAGUCUCUUUAUGCUGUUAAUCAGCUUUCUGCUGUGUCGAUGGCCAACAUUGCUCCACAUGUUAUCAUUAACCAGAAGCUUCAGGGCUGGAGUCUACAUUUGCAUUUUCAAAGAGUGGUUCCACAUGCAAUUGAAAGAGCCGUCAAGGACAUUGUAGCCAGUAUUGUUCAGCGUAGUGUUUCUAUUGCUACUCAGACGACGAAGGAGCUUGUAUUAAAGGACUAUGCCAUGGAAACGGAUGAGACACGAAUAUACCAUGCGGCGCAUCUGAUGGUUGCUAGCCUGGCUGGAAGCCUAGCUCAUGUCACUUGCAAGGAACCUCUACGUACUUCGAUAUCAAACCAACUGAGGAGUUCACUUCAUGGUUUGAGCAUCACAAAUGAGCUCCUUGAACAUGCCGUGCUGCUUGCUACCAAUGAUAACCUUGAUUUGGGCUGUGCCCUGAUUGAACAAGCUGCUACAGAGAAGGCCAUACAAACUAUUAAUGGUGAAAUAGCCCAUCAACUACAGUUGAGAAGGAAACAUAGAGACAGUGUUGGCCAAACAUUAUUUGAGACGAACAUGUAUACCCAGGCUUCCUUAGGUGUGCUACCUGAAGCCCUCCGUCCGAAGCCUGGCCACUUAUCCUUGUCUCAGCAGCGAGUUUAUGAGGACUUUGUACGGCUUCCUUGGCAAAAUCAAUCUUCCCAGGGUUCACAAUCUAUUGCUGCUGGUAGUUCAACUUCUGCUGCUUUCGCCGCCAGUGGUUUGACAAGUUCCUAUGGCUCUUUGUCGGGACAACUCAGCACAGGAUAUUCGUCGAGUGUUGGUGGCCUGGGAUUUGAUGCAGCAUCUCAGACGUUGGAUCUGGGUUCUGAGGCACUUGACUCAAGUCCAGCACUUUUGCCAAGUUCGUCCUCGAUAAAUAUCGGAGCAGAUGCUGUUAUGCGGCAAAAUUCUGAAAAGAAUGCCAUUUCAUCUUCAUUUUCCGUUGCUGGUCCCGCUACUGAACUUCCUCUCAUAGAUUCUUCUGACAGUAUGAAGGAACCUGGUGCUUCCUCUCAGCCAAUCUCGUCAUCCACUGCUUCCGAGCGUGUGGGGAAUAGUGUUACUGAACCUUCCCUAAGUACAAGAGAUGCACUGGAUAAAUACCAAGUCGUUGCCCAAAAGUUGGAGGCGUUGGUCACUGGUGAUGGCAAAGAAGCAGAGCUACAGGGAGUGAUUGCUGAGGUGCCCGAGAUCAUACUUCGCUGCAUAAGUCGAGAUGAGGCUGCCCUAGCUGUUGCUCAAAAGGUUUUCAAGGGAUUGUAUGAGAACACCUCAAAUACUUUUCAUGUUAGUGCUUGUCUUGCAAUUUUGGUUGCGAUUCGUGAUGUUUGCAAGCUUGUGGUUAAAGAACUCACAAGCUGGGUAUACAAAUUAUCAUUUUUUCAAUACAUUUUCCAGGUCAUUUACUCGGAUGAGGAGCGGAAGUUCAAUAAAGAUAUUACUAUGGGUCUUAUACACAGUGAAUUGCUCAAUCUUGCUGAGUACAAUGUUCAUAUGGCAAAGCUUAUUGACGGUGGAAGGAAUAGUAUGAGGCUGCGACGGAAUUCUCUGUUUCACUUAUCCAGGCUUUGGUUGUCGAUGAGUACAAUGCCAUUUUCCGAACUCCAUAAUCUUGUUGAAGCGUUGGCCAAGAUUGCUGCAAAACCUGGAUCUUCUGAAUCGCUGCAACAGCUUAUUGAGAUUGUGAGGAAUCCUACAGCUAAUGCCGCUGCUAUAUCAGCUUUUGCUGUUGGUAAAGAUGAUAAAACUAGACAGAGAAAGGUCGGUGUUAAUUUGGUGGGUUCAUGUUCUCUCUCCCAAUGGGACUAUCUGAAAUUAUAUCUGCCUGUUUCUAGCAGGCUCCCAGUCAAGCCUUCAAUUGGCCGUGACGACUUCAAUAAUGUGGAGUCUGUAGAACCUGACCCUGCUGGAUUCCGGGAUCAGGAACUCUCGGUCGACCAUUGUCUAUCUUCCGAGGUGGUGAAUUCAGGUGGGAUGCAAGGGCCUCAACAGGGGCAGAAUAUGUCGUUCCUUGCCAUUGAUAUAUUUGCAAAACUCGUGUUUGCAAUUCUAAAGAUGCUGACUUCCUUUGCUCAGCGUUCCAUCUUUUGCAACCUCUUAAAAUUCCUACUUUCAGGUAAACAUCACUAUGCGUGGCUUGAGUUAGUAAGUCACAGGAGCUUCAUGCCAAAAUUACUUACUGGAAAUGCUCAAAAGGGGUGGCCCUAUGUUCAACGGUUGCUGGUGGACCUGUUUCAGUUCCUAGAGCCUUUUUUAAGAAAUGCUGAAUUACGAGGACCAAUUGAUUUGCUUCCUGAAAUUAGAGAACCACCGCACAUCUUGUCUGAAGUUGAUGCUGCUCUUAGAGCAAAGAACAUGAAGGCUGAUGUGGAUGAGUAUCUGAAGACAAGACAACAGGGUUCCUUGUUCCUCGCCAACUUGAAGCAGAGGCUGCUUCUUGUGCCAAGCGAGGCUUCAACUGCCGGGUCUCAUUACAAUGUAGCACUCGUAAAUUCUCUCGUCCUUUACACAGGGAUGCAGACCCUAGUAGUUGAGCUAGACAAUGAAGGUCGAUACCUCUUCCUCAAUGCUGUUGCGAACCAACUGCGCUAUCCCAACAACCACACACAUUACUUCUCCUUUGUUCUGCUCUACUUAUUUGCCGAGUCAAAUCAGGAAAUUAUCCAGGAGCAGAUUACCAGAGUCCUGUUGGAACGCCUGAUCGUUAACAGACCCCAUCCGUGGGGCCUUUUGAUAACUUUCAUUGAGCUAAUCAAGAAUCCGAGGUACAAUUUCUGGAACCGAACUUUCAUAAGAUGCGCUCCGGAGAUUGAGAAGCUGUUUGAAUCGGUUGCAAGAUCUUGUGGGGGUUUGAAGCCUAUGGAUGAGAGUAUGGUCUCUGGUACUAAUUGGGCUUCCGAGGGCGCGCACUAAGAAACUAAAUGUGAAUUUCCUAGUUCUUAGAGAAAUCCUCAGCUUCUUUGAUCAAAUUGUGAAAUUCCUGCCCGAGACAGAAACUUCUUUGUGCCCUCUUUAAAAU